CUCCUUUAAUCCUUGAAUGUGUGGACACUUUGAACGACAACAUCGAGAAAAUCUUCGCCAAAAGUAAUGGCAAACUCUCGGCACCGGAAGACAUGAAACGGAUUGUCGGAGCCUAUGUUAUGGAGUCUAUAAUACAAGUGGCAUUCGGUAGGAAAGUGUCGGCACUGCUCGACCCAAAUAACCCUAUCAUAGAAAAUGCGCGUAAUUUGUUCAGCACAGGUUUUGUUGCCCUGAUGAAAUUAGUCACAGUAAUGCUGGCACCAAAAGUGGCUAUAAUGUUUAAGAUACCUAUAUAUAACAGUAAAGUUACGGCAUUUUUCCGCGAUUUUACUCUCAAUCUGAUCGACGAUAGGAAACGUCUUUUGAAAACCGGAAGUUCAGUAAAAAAACCGACUUUUUGCAACUAAUGUUGGAUUCAAAUAAAGAUAAUAAUAAUGAGGCGAUCGAUGAGUCCGACGAAUAUACAGAUAGUAAGAGUGCAGAGAAAUAUAGGGAAAUACAGACCACCGAUGAUAUGACGGAUAAAAGCCUUUCAUACGAUGAGCUCAUAGCCCAAUGUGUUAUGUUUUUAGCGGCCGGGUUAGAGGCCACUGCCGCUACACUAUCCAUGUGUUUGUAUGCAAUCGCUAAACACCCGGAAGUUCAACAAAAACUAUACGAAGAAGUUAUUACAUUUCAUGAAAAACAACAGAAAUCAAGUGCCGAUCCGUACGAAACGUUUCACUCAUUGAAAUACAUGGACGCAGUCAUUGACGAAACCCUACGGCUAUACACAGCCGUCCUAUUCCACGAGAGGGUCGCCAAUGAGGACUACGAGCUUAAGGGCACCGGUAUUACCAUCAAAAAGGAUCACGUGGUGCACAUCCCUACCUAUUCCAUACACCGAGACCCGGAAAACUUCGCCGAUCCGGAAGAGUUUAAACCGGAAAGAUUUCUACCGGAAUAUAUAGCCCACAAUCCCUAUACGUAUUUGCCAUCUGGUGCCGGCUCUCGAAACUGUCUGGGCGGGCGGUUCGCUAAGCUGCAGAUUAAAUUAGCCCUGGUCAAUCUGGUUCAUCGAUAUGUUUUUCAUGCAACAGAGAAACCAUUGGAGCAAGGUGUUGCCAAUGGUCUAAUUAUAACAAAAUCGGUGGAUUUGAAAAUUGAGAAGCGAUCAUCAUUUGUAAAAUGAUCAUUAUACUGCUUUUAUAUUUAUUUUUAAGAUUUAAAUUAUAAUUAAUAAACCAUAAAUUGAUUUAAUUAUAACAUAUCUAAAAAAGCAUGUUAAAUAGAA